AUGGAUACCUUGAACCAUCUCCUUCGAACAAGCAGCACAGUGUCAAUGCCUUCUCCUUUCCAGCAGUGUCGUGGUCUCAUAGACCAAUUUCGCUCCUUAUCGCUUAGAGCAGUUGCACCACUUCCAUCACGCACGAUUCCAAUUUCAUCCCAUCACCAAGCCACGAAGCGUGCUUUCUCCUCAGCAUGUAUUCGACAAAAUUGGCUCAUACCCAAACGUGGCGAAAAAUAUCCAUCACGUAAAGGACGACCCCGAGUAGCAACCGGUGGCUCAACUCGCGGCACAACUGUCAUCUGGGGGGACUAUGGCUUGAGGCUCAAGGACCAUGGUCGGCGCAUAUCAGCAGCUCAGCUGCGAGUAGCCGAAGAAACCAUCAAGAAGCGAUUGAGGGGUAUGCGAUACAGGCUGUUCACACGAGUCGUAGCAAACAUCGGCGUAUACGCUAGCGGCAAUGACCAGCGAAUGGGCAAGGGGAAAGGUAGCUUCGAUCAUUGGGCAACACGUGUUGCGGUUUCGAGGGUUGUUUUUGAGUUGAGUGGUGAUGUGCAUGAGCAGGUUGUUAGGGAUGCUUUCAGAUUAGCUGGUAAUAAGCUGCCUGGCUUGUGGGAGUUUUGUAAGAAAGGCGACCCUCCUGUCAUGGGAAUCACUAAGCUCGGGAAUGGCGUGACUGUAGAAGAUCUGCUACGACCGAGACGUAAACUAACCGCUGAUCAGCUGACAGCAAUUGCAAAGGAGCCAGCACAGUCCAAGGCAGGCAGUAAAGCACACAGGUAAAGAAGUAGUGCUAUGAAUACAGCAUCUGUACUAGUAGCAUCCUAUCUUACUGUUCCAAAUGUCGAUUCUAAAGAGACAUCAUGGGAAGUUAUGGAAAGCUGAAGUUCCCGCGAUAUGAAUACAUUUGCUACUGAUAGAUAAGAAAUCUGUAAUCGUCCAUCUCUGGUCUUCAAUCUUCUAAAUUCUUUCUCCUGUCGGACUUUCGCAAUUGUAAACACUGCCUAUUAAUGAUCAGGACUUUCCUAAGUUCGUACAAUUCAAGGGUGGAGAAUGCCUUGGAUGAGUGCCGUUAGUAGAUAAAACCACAGGUCUUGAUACGUCACAAGGAUAAAUUGACCGCAGUUAAUAAGCAAUGGAAACA